CGUUUGGUGCAUUUUAAUAAUGUUUUUAAAGUUUACAAAAAAUUAAUAGGUUUUGAUUGCUAUCGCUGGCAUUUCUUAAAUGUCAAAACUGACGUACUCAUUUACAAAGAAUUGCUAUUUCGUUUAGAUGGCUGGUUGGGGUGGGUUUUCUGAGGAAGACCUGAAUAGAUUGAAGAAGCACCAUYUAAAGUCGGCCGAAUUUUCUCAAGAACCCGAUGAAAAACCUGAAAAUGUACGCAAAGCAAACUUUAGURCCGGACCUAAACGACAAAAACCCAGAGAAAAGAUAAAGACAAAACCUACAACAAGCAAAAGGGAACCUAAUGUCAGACAGGACCGAGCUGUCGAAAAAACAUCUUGUGAAACUACMAGGGACACUUCUGAAGUCAARUCGAUCCCAGAAGGCGAAACAUCCCGGGAUAAURCARAAGUUGAAAAGAUUCAAGGAAACGAGAAUGACAUUAUUGAACAGGAAGAGAAAGUCCCAGAAAUUAUUAUGGAGCCAGAAAGGAUACAAGAAAUUGAACUCACURCUCUUCAAAAGAUGCAACAAAAACAGAAGGAAAUAGAAGAUCAAAACAAGAAAAAGAAAGCAGCUUUACAAGAAACAAUAAGAACAAGGUUCAAGAGAACACAGGCAGAAGCUAACACCUUGAAGUAUGUCCACAAAGAGCUGGCUCACUUGGACAAUUUAUUAUCAGCUGAUGUUGCUGUGCUUAGAGACACUAUUGAAGAAGCAACAAGAGAGUACCAUUAUGCCCUAAAAAGAUAUGAGCACGCCGAGGGAGAGUUUGUUGCAGCAAAGUUGGAUCUUCACAGAAAAACCGAAAGAAAAGAAAUGCUUACGGAACAUUUAUUAGCAGUAAUUCAACAAAAUGAGGAAAGAAAAGCAAGAAAGCUAGAAGAACUUAUGGCAAAACUUGAUGUAUCCGAUGAAGUGCUUGAAGAAAACAUCCGUAAAAUAAACCAUAAUACUAAUACUGGAAAACAAAGUGAGACRAAUGGAAACAAAAUGGAAAAAGAAAAAMUGGACAAUGAUGAKAAAAACAYACUUGUUGAAACUAUAAAGGACGAUACACUUAAUGAAGUUACUGAAAAAGAAAACACAAGUCAAGAAACUGAUGAAAGUAAAAAUACCUUAAAAGAGGAUAUAGAAAAAAAUGUGAAUCCUGAUGUGAAUCAAAUAGUCUGUAGUAGUAAUGGUGUAACAUGUUGACAUCUUUUAAAAGCUCUCUGGGUUAGAUAGUUUAUAAAAAAUAUACAAUAUUGCUUCAGAGAAUACUUUUUUAUAUUAAGGCUCUUAGGAAUCAUACAAUGUGUAUGCAAGAGUAUCAAUGUUGUUAUAAAUAAAMUUUUUAAUGGA